UCAACUAUUUCUAUGGGAUCAACUGCUGUCGCUGUAUCAACAUUCAACAGUAAUUUGACUAGCAGUAGAUACUGUACUUUGUAACUUGAUUUUACCAACGUCAACAGACAAAAAAAGAAAGGAAUAAACAUGUGCAUAUCCACGACAGAAGAUAGUCUUGCAAUUUGAACCACAAUGCUUCUUCUGAAAGUCAUAUGAUAUUGCAAAGUGAUGGGAAAUAUUUGUAUUUAAAAAACAAAAAAAUGGCUGAGGAGUCCUGUCCCGUGGCCCUGUCUGAGCUGUGUCUGGCCCAGGUGUGUCUCAGCCUGGACUCCCUCUGCAGCACGCAACCAGAUGGCUCCCUGAGGCUCAGCUGGGCCCCACUGCUCCCACAGGAAAUGGCUGAUCAGCUACUGCACAAGAUGGCUACCCAGGGCACGCUAAACGACAGAACAGUCGGUAUCUUCCGCAGCUGUGAACAACUCCGUCUGCGCAGAGCUUGUAUCCGCUCCUCUCCCCUCUCUGCAGAGGCCUUCCGUCUGGCCCUCUGCCCUCACCGGUUGCAGGAGCUGGAUGCUUCCCGGGUCCCUGGGGGCCUCACUGGGGCCCACAUCCUCUCAGGCCUGGCCUCCAACCCGGAGUGCAGAGCCAGCCUGCAGAGGCUCACACUGAGCAGGCUCCAGAUGGGCUGGAAGUCCAUGGAGGUGGAGGAAGGGCAGGUGGGCUUCAGCUCUCUGCAGGGCCUGAAGAUACUCAACCUGGCUAACACGGACCUCACAGACCCCCUCCUGGAGGACAUCUGUACUCUCCCACAGCUAGAGGGCCUGGACAUCUCCAGCACCCCCGUCAUGGAGCUGAGUGCCCUGCUGGGUUGCCGGUUUACCCUGAGAUCCCUGACUGCCCACGGGCUGAGGCAGCUGGACAUGUCCCCUGCCAGGGUGAUCUCCAUCCUUAGCCAGCUCCACGCUCUCAGGCACCUGGACCUCUCUGACGACCGCUUCGCCUCUGCACCGCCCUCCGCAGAGGAUGACGAAUGGGGGGAGGGGGAUGAAGCGGUGAGGCUGCUUCUGGAGGGGGGUUCUGGGGUUCUCCCAGCACUUGUGUCUCUGGAUGUGUCUGGAAGGAAGAAGGUGACUGAAGGGGCGGUCACGGCCUUCGUGGAGGGGAGGAGUGGGCUGGUGUUCCUGGGGCUGCUGGCUACUGGGGCUGGCUCCUGUGACGUUCUGUCUGGGAAGGACAACUUAAAGGUGACCGGCGAGGCCAAUGAGAAGCAGAUCUGUGAGUCUCUGAGGAGGUACAGAGAGAGAGAGUGUUUCACACGCGAGGCCCUGGUCCAUCUCUACCAGCUGACUAACGACAUGUACGACCAGACCAGACCAGACAUCCUGAAGCUGGUGUUGGGAGGGAUGCAGAACCACUCAGAGUCUCUCCCUGUCCAGCUGGUGGCCUCAGCCUGCGUCUUCAACCUGACCAAUCAGGACAUGGCUGUGGGCAUGCCCCACCCCCUGCUCAGCGCAGUCGUACAUCAAGUACUGGAAGCCAUGAGAAGCUUCCCCAGCCACCAACAGUUACAGAAGAACUGCCUGCUGGUGCUCUGCAGUGACACCAUCCUUCAGGACGUCCCUUUUGACAGAUUCGAAGCAGCCAAGCUGGUGAUGAACUGGCUCAGCGGUCACGUGGACCGGACCCUGCAGAGGAUGGCCGUGGCCGUCAUCUCCAUACUAGUGGCCAAACUGUCCACACAGCAGACCACACAGCUGGGGGCUGAUAUCUUUAUUAUGAAGCAGCUGCUGGGUAUAGUGCAACAGAAAGCCAUGGCGGGAGUAGUGGACUCCACUCUGAAGUUUGCCCUGAGUGCUCUGUGGAACCUGACUGAUGAGACACCCACUGCAUCGCGACACUUCAUCCAAUGUCAGGGCCUGGAGCUGUACGAGGAAGUGCUGGAGUCCUACUCCUCUGAGUCUUCUAUACAGCAGAAAGUUCUAGGUCUUCUGAACAACAUAGCCGAGGUGGAGGAGCUGCAGGCAGACAUGAUGGAGGAGGACCUGUUGGAGCACGUAGUGACCCUGCUCCAGGGGCCCCAGGUGGAGGUGGGGGUCAGCUACUUCGCUGGGGGCAUCCUGGCCCACCUCACCUCCAGACAGGAUGCAUGGACCCUAGACCAGGGGCUCCGUCAAACUAUACUGGAACAGAUGCAUGCUGCCAUACUGACCUGGGCCCUCCCUGAGCGUGAGAUGGUCUCCUACAGGUCGUUCCGGCCGUUCUUCUCCCUGCUCCAGACCUCUCAGCCUGCUGGAGUGCAGCUAUGGGCUGUCUGGGCUAUGCGUCUCGUCUGCACUCAGAACGGUGUGCAGUACUGCCAUAUGCUCCAGGAGGAUGGGGCAGUGGAACUCCUGAAUACCUUGUCCUCUGACCUUGACACCCACAGCGACGUUAGAGGGAUGGCAGAGAGCAUCCUGGGUAUGGUGGAGCACCACCAGACUGCCAGCAAUCCCCUGAGAACACAGCCAGCAAUCCCCUGAGAACACAGCCAGAAAAGGGACAUCAUGGGAGGUCAUGAUGGAUCUGUGACCCUUGACCCCUUAGUCACAGGUGGGAGGAGGAUUCUAUAUUUUUAAAUACAUUAGGUAUUAGGAAAGGGUGUGUUUAAAUAUAAAUUAUUCUCUUUCUGUGUACAGUCUACUAGAUGUAAUUUAUAGUAGUUGCAUUGGUGGAAAUUAGGCUAAUAAAUAAAUAUAUAUUAAUAUUA